CUGAUUACGUGCUGUAACCGUUUGGACUUCCACGUUGGAUAUCGAUUGAACAGACAAACCCUUGGCGUCCAGAGAGAAGACGACGCGAUUCGAAGUUCUUUUGAAGAAUCUGCGCUAAAAGAUCAGAAAGCCUAAGGCCGAAGACCUGAAUCUUUGAUUGAUUGGUAAUUUCCAUGGCUGAGAUCGAGAGCAAUCGGGAUUAUUGCAGUAACGACCGUAGUAAUGGAAAGAAAGAGGAGGAGACGAUUGUCCAAAUCUCCCUGAAAAUCAUCGGUCCUUCCCCUCCCUCUCGCCUCGCUGUCCCCUCUCGUGUCAGAGUGCAGGAUUUGAGGAAGCUGAUUGCUGGGAAUGAUCAAUUACCCAUUGAGAAUUUGAAGCUUAUUUUUCGGGGGAAUGUGUUGCAUGACAAGAAAAAUGCUCUAGAUGAAUUCAUACAACUCAAUAAUGGAGAUUCUCUGGUUGUUGCUGUCAAACCAAAGCCACCAGUUAAACACAUCCGAGAUGGUUUUGACGACGAUGAUGAUGAAGAUGAUCUGAAGUUUCAGCUUCCUCAGUUAAGUAGUGCAUGGAAGAGGAAGCUAUUCUCCUUCUUACGUGACAAAUUGAAGUUGCCUGAUAUGCUUCUGAUGGCAAUUUUCUCUCUGACUCUGAAGGCAUGGACCAUUAUUGUUACAUGGUUUAUAUUGGCACCUGUUGCCCAUCAAUGGGGUUUGGGACCUUUAUAUAUACUUGCUACUGGCUUUGCUAUCAUUUUCCUUAAUCUUGGACAGCGGCAGCAUGGUGAAAUGAGUGCAUAUUCCAUCUUCAAUGAGGAUUUUCGAGAGCUCCCAGGGACCCUUAAUGCUGAUCGUCUUGACAGAGACAUCAGAGCGGGCCAGUUUUGAGACUGUUAGGGCUACUCGUGGCAUCUCCACGUGUAUAUGAUGUAUCUACAGAUGGAACAGAAUUUCCUUUUGGAGGUAUUUGCAAUGAUAUUUUCUCUUCAAGUUCUCUCAAAGUCCCCAUUUGUACUCAUGGUAGGUGAUGAAAAAGGACUUGUUUGAAAGUGCAAAGCGAAACACCAAAAUUUUGAGCUAUGACAGGUUCUAUCUGUAAAGGGGUUAGUCUGGAGAACAGACCCUAGCAUGGGUUGUUUCUCUCUCUUUUUUUAAGCUAAUUAGAGGUUGUUUCUUUUAUCAUUGAGUAAAACUUGUUUAAGAAAAGGAAAAACUUGACUCGGAUGCUUUGGUGUACAAGAAAUUAUAGCAAACAAGCAACUCUGUAUAUAGCGUGUUUAAUUUCAGGAUUCUUGCUUUUGGAAA